CAGAACAGUGUCUCCCAGGGAUCAGUGAUAAUCAUCAUGUUGCGCUUAGCAGUGAUCGCUUGCCUCUUAGGACUCGCGUCCAGCCUUCCGCUCUCGAGCACGGAAUGGUACAGGAACGCGGUGGUGUAUCAGAUCUACCCGAGAAGCUUCAAAGACAGCAACGGCGACGGGAUCGGCGACCUGAACGGCAUCACCAGCAAACUGGAGCACAUCGCCGACCUCGGCGCCACGGCGCUCUGGCUGUCCCCGAUCUACACGAGCCCGCAGGUGGACUUCGGCUACGACAUCGCGAACUUCACCGACAUUGAUCCCGAUUACGGCACUUUGCGGGACUUCGACAGGCUGGUGGCCAAAGCGAAGUCCCUGGGGCUGAAGGUGAUGCUGGACUUCGUGCCCAAUCAUAGCUCGCACCAGCACCCCUGGUUCAAGAAGAGCGCGCUGAGGAUCAAGCCGUACGACGAGUAUUACAUCUGGCGGGACGCUAAGAUCGUGAACGGAACCAGGCGUCCGCCGAACAAUUGGCUUAGCACCUUCCAGGGCUCCGCUUGGGAAUGGAGCGACGUCAGGAGGCAGUACUACCUGCACCAGUUCGCGGCGGGCCAGCCGGACUUCAAUUACCGCAGCCAGGCGCUGAACCAGGAGAUGAAGAAUGUGCUGACAUUCUGGAUGGACCGUGGAGUCGACGGUUUCCGCAUCGACGCCAUCAAUCACAUGUUCGAGGACGUUAGGUCCCUGGACGAGCCCAAGGCGAAUAGGACCGAUCUCCCCGCCGAUGACUACGACACCUUGGUUCACAUCUACACGAGGGAUCAGCAUGAAACGUACGAGACCCUGAGGAGCUGGAGGAAGCUGAUGGACGAUUAUUCCAACAGAACCAAGUCCGACGCGAAGUUCCUCAUCACGGAAGCUUACACCACGCACGACUUCACGAUAAAGUACUACAACUUCGGCUCCGUUCCUUUCAACUUCAUGUUCAUCAGCAACCUGGAUGCCAAGUCGUCGGCCGCAGAUUUUAAGAACCAGAUCGAGAAGUGGCUGUACAGCGUGCCGGGGCCUAGGAACGUAGCUAACUGGGUGGUAGGCAAUCAUGAUAAUCAUCGCGUGGCGACUAGGUUCGGCAGGAGACGCGCCGAUCAGAUUACCAUGUUGUCGAUGAUGCUGCCUGGCAUCUCUGUGGUGUACAAUGGCGACGAGAUAGGGAUGGAGGACAGGAACUUCACGUACUACGAGACGGUGGACCCAGCGGGCUGCAAUGCUGGCCCAGCCAGGUACUUCUUGAAGUCCAGGGACCCGGAGAGGACUCCUUACCAAUGGGACAACACCACCAGCGCAGGAUUCUCGAACAGGCUGUUUACUUGGCUACCGGUGCACAGUAAUUACAGGACGUUGAACCUGGCUGCUCAGAAACAGGCUGCUACCUCUCAUUAUAGAGUGUUCAAAGCUCUCGUCGCGCUGAAGAAGAAGCCUGUCUUGGCCGUGGGCUCUUUCCAGGUGAGCCUGGUCACGGACAAGGUCCUGGCUGUCGUCCGUAGACUCGGAUCGGCCGUUGCGGUGCUUUUGAUCAACUUUUCCGACGCCCCGGUCACCGUCAACGCCAGAUCCAAAUUGAACCUGCCCGCGGAGCUGGCCGUCAACAUCGCCAGCGUCGGCUCCAACCUCUGGCCGGGGUCAAGGGUCAACCCUGUUAAUCUGAGCCUGCCUGCCGCUGCUUCAGUGGUCUACACUAACCCCUCGCUGAUUUGGCAGCGAGACGGGAUGUCCUAUUAAAUGAUGAUUCGGAUUUGAAGUAAAAUGCUAUUUUCAUUAACGUUUCUUUCAUUUUUGAUGCUGCUUUCGAUGAGUCGAACUAUUGACUUUGUCCUGCAUUUAUUCGAUGCAUCUGGCUUGAAUACUAAAUAUAUUUAAUAUGAAAUGUU